GCCAGGCCGUCGAUCUGGUUCGCGCCGCCCGUCGCCGUGCAGCCGCUGCAGGUCCCGCCGCCAGGCCCCCUCGGCGAGGCCGCCUUCGGCGCGCCGCGCCUGGGCCCGGGCGCGCACCCCGCCGGCGGCCGCCCGCACACCCCGCCGCACCCCCCGGCGCCGCCGGCCGCGGCCUUCGCGGAGGCCCAGGCGGGUACCGCGUCGGCUCGGCGGUCCCCCGUCGAGGGCCCUCGCAUCGGGGGCGACGCAGGGCCCGACCCCGCGGCGGCGGCGGCCCCAGCGUCCCAGGCGCUGGGCCCCACACGCGACCUGGUGGACCGCGUCGAGGGAAUCAUCUCGGAGAUGGAGCGGGAGGUGGUCCUCAGCGCGCGCCUGGGGGCCUCUGGCGCCCCGGGCGGCAGGGCUGCCAGCCGAGGCCUCGGGGAGCGCGGCGCCCCGCAGGACCUCGGAGGUGGGCCAGCGGGCAUCGACCAGCGCCAGCGCGCGUGCACGGGCGUGCCGGACGAGCUGGCCAAGAUGCGACGGGCCGUCUGGUCGGGAGAUUCUGGCGCGCUCGGCGCACAAGCGGAGCCCAGCGACGGCGGCGGCCCUCUCCGCGGAGGCCAGCUGCUGGAGAUCCGCAGGAUCGCGGAGAACUGCCAGAGGAGCGAGCAGAGAGCCUGGACGGAGCAGGAGGCUGCCCAGGCGCGCGCUGACCACAUCAUGCUGCAGCUGCAGAGCAUGGAAGCCAGGUACCGCGAGGCCAUGUCAGCGGCCGCGCGCGACCGCCUAGCCGCCAAGGAGCUGGAGGACGCGCUGGAGCGCGAGCGCAGGUCGGCGGCAGAGGCGGUGGAGGCGCACGGCGUGGCGGAGGAGAACCUGGGGGCGCUGGAGGAGCACUCGAGCGCCGUGCUGGCUGACUGCCGGGAGCUGCAGUCGCUGCUAGGCGACGAGAGGGCGGAGUGCCAGGGCCUCCGUGGCCAGGUCGCCAGGAUGACGGAGAUGCUGCGGCGCCUCAGCGGUCCCGACGCGGGCGGCGCGUCGCACGGCUCCCCGCAGGGCCAGGCGGCACGCACGCAGCAGCCCCGCGGGGACGAGGCUUGUGAGGCGGAGAGCGGGGCCCUGUCCCUCAAGCAGGACAUCUGCCAGCUCGACGCCGUCGUCAGCGACGUGGUGCAGGGGCUGGAGGGGCUGCUCCAGGCCCGGCGUGACGCGGACGCCGGCCCAGGGCGGACCCGGCAGGAGCUGGAGCAGGAGCUGGCCCAGGCGCAGGACGCAGGGCGAAGGCUCGGGGCCGAGCUCGAGACGGAGCGCCAGCUCCGCGCGGACCAGGUCCGCGGCCUGGAGCAGCAGCUCGAGCUCGGCGGCGCCGCCUCCGCGGGGCUGCGGCGGGAGCUGGCGGAGGCUCGGGCGGAGGCGGGCUGCGCGGCGGGGCUGCGGGGGGAACUGGCUGAGGCUCGGGCGGAGGCGGGCUGCGCGGCGGAGCUGCGGCGGGAGCUGGACGAGGCCCGUGCGGAGGCGGGCUGCGCGGCGGAGUUGGAGCGCAAGGCCCUGGCCGAAGCAGCCCGCUGCAGGGGUCUCGAGCAGGAGGUCCUCCAGGCCCGCGCCGAGGCCGCCCGCGCUGCGCGGGAGGCCGACGAGGUCUUCCUCGAAGCAGCACGCGCCAGGGGUCUUGAGCAGGAGCUGCUCCAGGCGGUGCCGGAGGGCAUCGGCGAGGACAGCUGCAGCGACGGGUCAGCGCCCGCGCCACCAGAUCCGCCUGCCCUGCCCGAGGAGGAGCGGCGCAUGUUGUUGGACGACAUCCAGCGCUUCGGCUGGAAGUCCAAGUCGUGGGUCAGCGGCUUCUCGAUGCUGCACUGGGCCGCAGCCGAAAACAACGUCGACCUCUGCAGGCAGCUCAUGCACCUCCGGGCGGACCCGCUCGCCCAGGACGACUUCGGCAGGAGCCCGCUGCAGUGCGCCCGCGAGGCUGGCCACUCGGGGGUGGAGCGAUACUUUCUGGAGGAGCUGCGCUCCACGUCCACGGGGGCAGCCUCGCCGUCCCUCCGGGCGGUUGACGAGCCGCAGUCGGGGUGCCGCGCGGCCAGCAUCGAGCUGCCCGUGCCCCGCGAGGCAGACCUGCCGCCAGCGCUGGAGCAGAUAGUGCAGCGGAUCGACCAGUACGGCUGGCAGAACGUCGGGUGGGCAAAGGGGUUCACGGCCCUGCACAUGGCCGCGAAGGAGGACUGCGCUGGCCUCUGCGCCCGCUUCCUGGCCCAGGGCGCGGACCCGUGGGCGCGGGACGACUCGGGCAGGACCGCCUUCGACUACGCCCGGGAGUUCGGGAGCGCUGGCGCGCUGGCGCAGCUGUACGGCGCGGCCCCGCGCAACGCUCCAGGCCCGCCGCGGCCGAGCGCUGCCGCGGGGCGCUGA